AUGUCUCUCCUCGGAAAGAAGUUCCCCACUCCCGUUGCCGGUCCCCUCGGCCCUUUCUUCGCUGCCGGUCUCGUCGUCCUCUAUGGCGUUAACUCCCUCCAGAACGCCCUCAUGAACACCGCCGAGUUCAAGAACGACCCCCGCAACCCCAACGCCAAGGCCACCAAGCACUAGACGCUUUGUUUUCUUUUUUCUUGUGGAGAGACGAAGCUGAUAUGGCGGACGUCGUGGAGGGUUGAGUUGAGCGCGGGCCUGAUUCCGUUAUUGGGGUCGAGUUUGUGGGCACCUUCUUUCACCCUGUACAAGCAUAUAGAAGAGAUACCGUCAUAGGACAUAUUGGUGAAUUGACAAGUUGUAUCAAUAUCAGUAUGUUUUUCUUUCAUGCUUAGGUUUCCCAGCUUGGAGUGCGCGGGGUGCGAGCCCAAGUGUGCUUUGAGAGGGUUGAGAGGGUGUCGUUGUCUGCCAGGGGUCCAAGCCAGGGCCAGUUAAGUGAGC